AUGUACUCCUUCAGCCUUGCUUCGAACUGCAAGAGCCCCAUCUCCGACUCCACGGGAUUGGCGCCACCGGCAGUAGCACACAGGAUUCGAGCACCGUGCGAGCUGGCACUUCAUCAGCGUCUGCCACAGCAGUCGAAUGGGACCAACGACAGUAAAGACGUGGUGCAAGUGUCCAACGCGCGCUUUGGCUGGCACCCCGCGCAUCAGCACGUGCCGACCUCGUCGCUCUACACUGUUGACCCGCCGACAGAGCAGCCGGUGCGUGUGCAUAACCUCAACUCCUAUAUGGGCCUGCGCGACGCCGCGGACUGGUCCGUUGAGGUGCAGCGUGAGAGAGAGGAAAAGAAGCGGCGAGCCCUCGCCCAGCACGAAGCCGCCAAGCUCGAAGAGCAACGGCGCCGUGAUGCGCAGGAGGAGGAGGCAAAGGAGGAGAUGCGGCAGCGCCGGCUGGAGCGACUGCAGAAGCGUGCAGAGCUGCGGGAGGCGGAUUCGAUGGCCGACUUCCAGGACCGCAACACGCAGUUUCUGCAGAACCAGCUUUGGCUGAUCCACCUGGGGAACCGCGUCAGACAAGCGGAUGCACAGCACAAGGCGCACGCACGAGAGACGCUCUACAAGAACAGCUCCAAUGGUAGUAACUCAGACGUACACCAUACCAGUAUGAGCAACGGAGCCGGCAUCAGGGUCAGGGGCCAGCACGCCACCACUCAGUCCACCGAGAUUAGCCUGCGCCAAGCAGCGCAGGUGACUGAGGAAAUGUACGUCCGCCUCAGCCUUGCCUACCGCAACGAGGCACACCGCUCGCGCGCUGCCGCGGAGAUUCUCGAUCCCGGCGAGCUCAACGUCAAGAGACUAUCUCGGCCACAGGCUGAAUCCUCCGUCGGUGCCUUUACAUUGCCCACUUCAGCGUUGCCACAGUCGCAAGCCGCCACCGCUACCAGCACGCCGUCGCACAGCCCGACAGCAUCGCCUGCGCCAGCCACGGGGAUGGCAACGGCAGCCGCAGAACCCGUGCCCUUCCGCACAGCGCCACCCAUGUUUACCCACACAUCGGCGGAGAACAUGGGCCAAUACGCCAACGCCAUUCCGUGCACGUAUAUCCCUGAGUACUUCGACCCCCCCUCCGCCGCCGCUGUCACCUCUGGGAAGGCGACUGCUCCGCCCCACGCUGGCGAACCUCGGCAGCACCAGCAGCAGCGGGACAUCGUGAUGCCACUCCCCCUGUCGCCAGCGCCUGUCAGCCGCGACGUAAGCGGCACACUACAAGCGAAACACUACCCGUGGGCCCUCUACAGCGCCGCUGCGGUGCGUGAGUCAAUGCUGCCAGCAGCGCCACCGCGAGAAGCGUCACUGCCAGUCCAUCAGUGGGGCGCAGCCGAGCUGCGCGACUCCAUGUUCGGCCACUGCGUUCUGCCAGACGGCACGAUGCAGGACCAGUGCGAGCGCAAGAAGCUGUGUGCGGCGCACCUCAGCUAUACCACGCUGCCACGCGACAACGCCACGGCGACGUCGAACGCUGCCGUGGCGUCGCCGGUGCCACUGCACUUCGGCAAGCGGAUGGAGACAUGGCUCUGA